AUGAAAAUAUUGAGUUGGAACUGUCAAGGGCUUGGCAACCCUUGGACAGUUAAAGCUCUCUACGAUUGGUGCCGGAGAGAGAAGACAAAUAUAGUCGUUUUAAUGGAAACUAUGAUUGAUGAGGAUAAGUUGGUUAUAGUUUGGAAUAGAUGUGGUUUUACUGAUGGUAUCUGUGUUAGUAGUAGAGGUAAUUCUGGGGGUAUGGGCUUUUGGUGGAGGGAUGUGAAGGUGAAUGUGAGUUCCUAUUCAAUCCACCACUUUAUUGUAGAUGUUUGUGAUCAUGAGAAUAAUCCUUCUUGGAGGGCGGUUGGGGUGUAUGGGUGGCCGGAACAAGAAAAUAAACAUCUCACUUGGGCAAUGCUCCGAAGAAUCAAAGCUAGUAGUAAUCUUCCUUGUGUAAUGUUUGGAGACUUUAAUGAGAUCUUGAGCUUAGAGGAGAAGGAAGGUGGAGUUCCCCGUAGUGAGUCUCUUAUAGAUGCCUUCCGAAAUGCUAUAGAUGAUUGUGGAAUGAGGGAUUUGGGGUAUAAGGGCAGCAUAUUCACUUGGAAGAAGGGUAACUCCAUGGCAACGUGGAAGAGGGAGAGGCUUGAUCGAUUUCUUGCGGAUGGUGCUUGGUGUAAUAUGUUCCCACACUUCAAAGGGAUACGACUUUACCCUGUCAGCUAUCUAAUGAAGAGUGCGAGAAGGUUGUUGAGGAGGCUAGCUUGGACCGGUUGUAUAGGCUCACAGGUUGCUGGCCGAAUUGCUAUGUGUGCUGGCAGCUUAUCUUCUUGGUCGAGACGUCACCGCUUUGGUGACGUGAAGAAAAACAUUAAAAAAACAGAAGGCAGACUCCAAGAAGUUCAGAAAAUGGAUUCGGAUGCCAAUAUGCUAGAACAAUGCCGCACCUUGUCUUGUAAACUUGAUGAGCUUCAUAGAAUGGAGGAAUCAUAUUGGUUUGCCACGCUAGGGCAAAUGAUCUCAGAGACGGGGAUAAAAACACUGCAUAUUUUCAUCAAAAAGCAAGCAAUCGACGGUGUGUGGAGGGAGAAAAAAGAGGAGCUCGAGGGGACCAUUGCUGCAUAUUUCACCACUCUUUUUCAGACUUGUAAUCCCACGGAUUUUGAGUCUGCUCUUAUGGGCAUUGACAAUAAUGUGACAGACGUGAUGAAUGAGAGCUUGUGUGAGGAGCCUACUAUAGAAGAGAUUAGAUUUGCCUUGUUCCAGAUGCACCCAAAUAAGGCCCCGGGCCCCGACGUCUUGUCGAAUAAACUGAAGCCUUUUCUCGAUAAAAUUAUCUCCAUCAAUCAGAGUGCUUUUAUCCCGAAAAGGCUAACUACUGAUAAUGCCCUUAUUGCUUUUGCGAUUUUUCAUGCUAUGAAGAGAGGGGGUGAAGGGAAAGAUGGGUCAAUAGCUCUGAAAUUGGAUAUGAGCAAGGCAUAUGACAGAGUUGAGUGGGGUUUUCUGGAAAGAGUUAUCUAUGUGGUCCCAACAAAGGGUCUUCGACAAGGUGACCCUAUAUCUCCCUAUUUGUUUCUCAUUGUUGCUGAUGCGUUCUCGACAAUGUUGUCCAAGGCUGCGAAUGAUAGAUUAAUCCAUGGGGCAAGAGUGUCUGACAUUAUUAGCAAGUAUGAAAGAGCAUCCGGUCAAAGUGUCAAUCUGACAAAAACAGAUGUGAUCUUUAGCAAAGGUGUAAUUGAAUCCCGACGACGUGAAAUUGUGGAUAUUUUGGGGGUGAGAGAAGUUGAUAAACAUGAAAAAAUUCCAGAGACAUUGAUUGAUGAGAUUCAUGCAUUACUUGCUCGAUUUUGGUGGGGGUCUACAGAGACUACGAGGAAAAUGCAUUGGCACAACUGGGAUUCUUUGGGUAAACCAAAAUCGAUGGGGAGUUUGGGAUUUAGGGAUCUCAAAGUGUUUAAUCAAGCUCUCUUAGCUAAGCAAAUGUGGACACUCUACAACAACCCAAAUCCGUUGCUCCAUGCAAUACUCAAGGCCCGUUACUUCAAAAAUAGUUCAAUUUUGGAGGCUUACCGUGGUCAUGACCCAUCAUACUCAUGGAGGAGUUUAUGGGGCAGCAAGGCUCUGCUUUUGGAUGAUCUUAGUUGGAGGGUAGGGAAUAGAAGGGAUAUUAGGGUGUGGCUUGACUCUUGGAUCCCCGGAAAUGUGAUUCCUACUCAUGACACCAAUUUCGACACAGAGCUAUGA